AUGCUGCGCCUCUCUAGGCUCGUCGCGGGGACCCGUGGGAAGACGAUUCAGUUUGGUGGUGAGGCGAGGGAGCGCAUGUUGAACGGCAUUGAGCGCAUCGCCACCGCCGUUGGCGUGACGCUCGGCCCAAAGGGGCGCAACGUCAUUAUCCGUCAGGCAACGGGGGAGCCAAAGAUCACAAAAGACGGGGUCACGGUGGCGCGCUCUGUUGAAUUUAACGACCAGUUUGAGGACGUCGGUGCCCGCCUAAUUCGGCAGGUGGCUGGAAAGACGAACGACGUUGCGGGUGACGGCACCACCACGGCGACUAUUCUGGCCUGGAGCAUUUUUGCGGAGGGCUACAAGAGUGUGGCCACAGGUGCCAACCCCAUGGACCUCAAGCGCGGCAUUGACUCCGCCGUGGAGGUCAUUCUCAAAAACCUACAACAGCAACGGCGCCCUGUGAGAGACAUGACCAUGCUAGAGAAUGUGGCAACCAUUAGUGCCAAUGGGGAGCGGCCAAUGGGGCAGCUGAUUGCCGCUGUUGUACAGGAAGUUGGUGUGAAUGGAUACAUUGCCGUAUUGGAUGGGAAUGCUGCGGUAACGGAGUGGAAGCGCUACGAUGGCUGGAGUACGGAGCAUGGAUUUCUCUCUAGUGCGCUGGUGACCAAUUGUGCCGAGCUCGAGAGUUACCUUGAAACCCCGUUUGUGUUUAUAACCGCGCAAAAGUUAGAGGCUGUCGAAGAUAUUCUGCGACUCUUGGAGGCAGCCAAAACAAAUGGUAAACCUCUUGUCGUGGUUGCACCCUGUUUUUCUGAAUCGGUGCUGCAAACUAUCUAUCACAAUCACGUGCACAAGGUGGUGUUGUGCGGCGUGGUGUGUGCACCUGAACUCUCAGAGGAGGAGUUGCACGACCUUGCCGCAUGCUGCGACUGUGUUGUUGAAAAAGUGGCCUCAAUCGGCCUUGUAGAUGAUGUAACCUGUCUCUUGGGCGGCGCAAAAAGCAUGACGCAAACUAUGGAUAGCACCACCAUUGCCGGGCUGGUGGACCCCGCCCCACGCGUGCGUCUCCUACAGGGUCGAUUGGACCGUGCCAUGACCGAGGAGGCGAAGGAUAAACUUCGUGAGCGCAUCUCGAAGUUGAAUCGAACCUUUGCCGUUAUUCGUGUGGGCGGGCGUUCGUCAGUGGAGGUCAGCGAGUCCAAGGAUCGUGUGAUUGAUGCGCUCAAUGCUUCUCGCAACGCGUUGGCGGAAGGGAUUGUCGCAGGUGGUGGCGCCGCUCUGCUUCAUGCCUCCAAGGACCUGGACAAGAUUCUUCAGGCUGACGAGGAAAUGGAUCAGGAUCGGCGAACAGGCAUCAUUAUUGUCCGAAAUGCGGCGCGUCUCCCGAUGAGGCGUAUCAGCGAAAAUGCAGGUGAGGAGGGCGCGGUCACAGUGGAGAACGUUGCUGAGUACGACGACUGUUGUAUGGGCUAUGAUGCUCAAAAUGACCGGUAUGUUGACAUGUUUGAGGCAGGCAUCAUCGACCCUGUCAAAGUGGUCACCUCCUGCGUAGUUGAUGCGGCGUCGGUGGCCGGGCUGAUGAUUACCACAGAGGCCAGUGUAUGUGAUUACUGCGCGGAAUGA